CAGUGUUUGGAUCCGAGUCAUCUUCUCCACCGCGUCUCGAGGCUUCGCCCACGAAUCUUGACGCAGUAGACCAUCGCCGCCGCCGCCGCCGCCGCCUGGGGAGCCUCCGAGUGCUCGAGCACGAGCAGAGGCAUGGCGUCCUCCGGAGGAGCGGCAAUCUCGGCGGGGCCGGCGCCGCCGUCGGCGGGGGCGUCCUCGGUGGACUGGCACCAGCGGCCGCCGAACCCGAAGAACCCGGUGGUGUUCUUCGACGUGACCAUCGGGUCCAUCCCCGCCGGCCGCAUCAAGAUGGAGCUCUUCGCCGACAUCGUCCCCAAGACGGCCGAGAACUUCCGGCAGUUCUGCACCGGAGAGCACAGGAAACAAGGUUUGCCACAGGGAUAUAAAGGUUGUCAGUUUCAUCGAGUGAUCAAAGAUUUCAUGAUUCAGGGAGGUGACUAUUUGAAGGGGGAUGGUACUGGAUGUGCGUCAAUCUAUGGCACCAAAUUUGAUGAUGAAAAUUUUAUAGCAAAGCAUACUGGUGCUGGCCUACUCUCUAUGGCAAACAGUGGGGUGAACUCUAAUGGAUCUCAGUUCUUUAUAACUUGUGCAAAAUGUGAAUGGCUGGACAACAAGCAUGUGGUUUUUGGGAGGGUGCUAGGGGACGGUCUGCUUGUUGUGCGGAAGAUCGAAAAUGUUGCAACUGGACCAAACAACCGGCCGAAGCUUACAUGUGUCAUAAGCGAGUGUGGUGAAAUGUAGCUUGUACCAUGAGGGUGUGACUAUUCUUCGUGCUGCUGAUAUAGAAAUAGGUUUUGCAUGGAUGAAACUACUGAAGCAUUGGUAACAUACCAAUUCAGCUUGUACUAAGCAUGCCAGAACGAGUCAGUGUCUCAGUGACAUCAGUUGUCACUUAAACUGUUGAAUAAUAUUCUAGACAGGAAAUGUGUCAAAAGGAGCUGGCAUUAUAUUCUGUUCGACAAGAACCUUCGGGGAUGUCAACAGGAGCUGGCAUUAUAUUCUGCUGAACAUGCUGCAUGAUCUCUGGUCGCACCAUUUUAUUCAGUAAACUUUAAGUUAUCAUUGAUGCGUGUACCAUGAUUCAGGAAACGAGAGAAAAAAAACUAGACCUGUUCUGAUCUUGCCUAUGGUACUACCAAAUCAUUUAGAAGAUUGCCCAAUGUUUAUAAUAUACUUUCAUUGUAUUAUAC